CAGAACACCGGCAACAACUAAAUAUAUAUAUAUAUAUAUAUAUAUAUAUAUCACAAAUUAACCUUACAGACCAUGGCCACCCUUCAAGCUUCAAUUCUCUCAUCUUCUUCUUCUUCUUCCCAUAAAGUACUAUUCAAAGCUAAUCUCUGUUCCCAAAAACUUCAUAAAGCUGAACUUUCAGCUCCUCAUAGAUUGAACAUACAAAAUGGCUUCCAAACCAUGAUGACAACUUCAACCCAGAAGCACAGAGUGAGUACUUUCACAAAAUACGAAGUACCUACUUAUAAAUCCACCACCAAUUCUAAGGUGGUAGAAGAGCUCUAUGCAAUAAUGGAUGUUGUUGCAGACAGGGCUGAAAUGCACAAGAACAUUGGAGCGCAGCGCGAUAACUGGAACCACCUUCUCCUAACAUCCAUCAAUGGAAUGACAAUCGCGGCGGCAACCAUGGCAGGACUCGCAGCAAUGAGUGGAUUGGGAGCAACACUUUUGGCUUUAAAGCUCUCAUCCACUCUACUCUAUGUGUUUGCCACUGGGUUUCUGAUGGCGAUGAACAAGAUUCAACCCUCUCAGUUAGCAGAGGAACAACGGAAUGCGGCUAGACUAUUUAAGCAGCUGCAUGAGCAGAUCAAGUCCAGUAUAGCUCUUCGAGUCCCGACCACGAUGAAGGAUGUGAACGAUGCAAUGGAGAAGGUUUUGGCUCUUGAUAGAGCUUAUCCACUUCCAUUGCUAGGAGCAAUGCUACAAAAGUUUCCGAAAGAAGUAGAACCUAGUGAGUGGUGGCCAAAGCAAUUGGAAAGUAUUGAUCAUCAUCAACAAGACAAGUAUUCGUCUGUUAAUGGUGAAGUGAAGAACAAUGGGUGGAGUGAGACGCUUGAGGAUGAGAUGAAGGAGGUUGUUAGGGUUUUGAGAAGGAAAGACACUGCAGAAUAUGUGAGGCUAAGCAAAUUGGCUUUGAAGGUUAACAAGGCUUUAGCUAUUUGUGGCCCUUUGUUUACUGGUUUAGCCUCGAUUGGGUCUGCUUUCGCGGGAUCGGCUUGGCAUGGUGGGUCAUGGGCUGUUGUUUUUGGAGUUGUGUUUGGAGCUUUGGCCACUGUGGUUAACACUUUAGAGCAUGGUGGUCAGGUUGGGAUGGUGUUUGAGAUGUAUCGGAGCUCGGCCGGAUUCUUUAGGCUCAUGGAGGAGACAAUAGAAUCAACUUUGAAGGAAGGAGAGGUUGGCAGAAGAGAAAAUGGGGAACUCUUUGAAGCAGAAGUGGCUUUGAAACUCGGUCGGAGUUUGGCCGAGCUCAGAAACCUUGCAACUUCUUCUUCUUCUUCUUCAAGAAAUGCAGAUUCCAGUACAGAAGAGUUUGCAAGCAGGCUCUUCUGAUUUUUACCAAUGUAUGAGUUAAUUUUGUGAGUUAAAUGUGUAAUACUCAACUUCAACCUAACACUGGCUCGCAGUUUAAUUCCUUUUGUAUUUUCCACUGGG